AUGCCACAGUCAAGGGAGCACAGAAGUAGCAAUGUGGGAGUUCUAAGAAGAUCCCAGAAUCCUGCGCGGUGCUGUUGUUUCAUACCCAGGCCGCCUGUUGGGAAAACCGCCCAAGCUGUGAACGACCCUUAUGCGGCUGGCGCUACUGCCGUUGCCGAACCCUUCCUGAUCAAUGACUCCAACGCGAUGGACGUUGACGCUAACCCUGACGAGUCGGCUCCAAACUCCGUUGCACCCAGAGCACUGGACAAACUCCGCGGCCGUACCUACGAGUCAUAUUUCAUGGUCUUUCCCAUCAACGCCAGACCUGUCUGA